AUGGCCUCUCAUCAAGUUGCCAUUGCAAAGGCAUCCUUUUCCGCUGGGCUUUUACGCCCCGACCCCACUUCUGUCCCGCGCGAUGAAAUCACAGCCUUCCACACUCUCCUUGACACGGCGCUGUCGCAUUGCUCCGUAGCGAACAUCCAGAAAUGCAAGACAUGGCUCUUGAAUUAUGUCGUCUCGUCAUCUAACCGCGUGGGUGUCUGGGCCAAAUACCUGGUUGCUUUGUCCAGUUCGUUUACCACCGGGGAAAAUGGACAACCGUCCAAGCCGGCAGAGUCUCGUCCUGGCACCUCGUCAAAAAGAAAGAGGCUGCAUAUUCUGUAUCUGCUUAACGAUCUUUUCCAUCAUACCAAGUACCAUACGGAUACCCCUGCGGCAUUCUCAACCCUGAGUGGUUCGCUACAACCGCAUAUCGUGGAACUACUGGGUUACGCUGCAUCCUACGAUCGAUCCAAGAACCCAAAACAUCAUCGGCGCUUAGACGAUCUCUUGGAUAUAUGGGAGAAAAAUGGGUACUAUGGUGCCGACUAUGUCAACAAGCUGCGCGAGGUUGUCAAGAACUCGGCUGUGUCUGGGCCAUUCAAGUCAUCCAUCGAUGUGGAGCAGAACAACACGGACACGAUCAACCGACCCGUAGAGAAGAAUGUCCCUUUUGUGAUGCCGUCGUCUCACGGAGACUCUUCUACUCCCUAUUAUGACCUCCCAGCCGGCAAUCUUGUCCCGCACAUCAUUCCCGAUUCCACGGUUCCCCUACGCCCAGAUACCAUCAAGCCUUUGCAGUUCCUGGCUGGACCAGCGGACGAGAAACUGGUGACGGCGCUCAAGGCAUUUCUUAAGGAUGUCGAUCGGAUGUACAGCUCAGGACAAACAGAGCAGAAAGAGAACGAAGUAGUGGACAUUGAUGAAAUGGGCCAGACAAUUGUCCGAGAUAGCUCCACGGGAGACAUUGUGGGCGGUGACACGUACUACGGAUGGUCGCGUGCCUUUUGUCAGCAGAUGAAAGAAAGACGAACCAAGGGCAGCUCGAGAAACCGCACUCGGAGUGGCAGCCGCAGCCGCAGCCGCAGCCCCUCAAGGAGACGCCGCUACAGUGGCAGUUCAGAGAGUGACGACAGCCGAUGGAGGAGCUCAAGCUCCCGUAGCCGAUCGGCUCCGCGCAGGCAUGAAGCUAAUGAACUGCGUUAUGACUCUCGGUCUCGUUCUCCACGAAGAACACGGUCCCGAGAGAGGUCGUAUUCUCCACGCGCUCCGUCCCCUCCUCGAUACCCACACCCUGAACACCAGAGCCCUCAAUACGGCAGCUCAGGGCCCCAGGGAUUUCACCCUUCUCAGCGUCCACCUCCACCGCCUAUGCAUUUCCCUCCGGGCGGGAACGUGCCACCCGUUCCGCCUGCGUUUCCCCCACGGAUGGCACCAGGCGCUCCCCCACCUCGCCCACCAAAUUAUCAAGGCCAGUGGCCUCCACCCCCGCCUCCGCCAUUGCCAUCGAUGCAAUUUCCUCCUCAGGGCCCGGGAAUGAACCCGUCUGCAUUUCCGCCACCUUUUAACGCACAAGGACAGUUACCUCCGUGGAACAUGGGCUCGGCACAACAGAUGCCCCCGGGUUCAAAUCACUUCCCUCCGCCUCAUCCUGGGGGACAGGGACGGGGCACGUCCGAUCAGUGGAACCAGUAUGGUGGUGGAUACCCGCCGUCUGGCCGGGGCUGGAGGUAG